AGGGGCAGAGCCGCGCCGUGCGCGCCGGCGGCUCCGGGCUGGGCUGUGCUGGGCCGGGCCGCGGCCAGCACGGGAAGCCCCUCCUCAGAGCACAGGCGGAGCGCGGCUCCCGGGCGCCAGGUACUCUUCAUCACUAUGAGCUUAUGUCAUAGAGGGACUGUAGCCCACUUAAUGAGUGGAUGUUAAGUUUCCCAUCUGAGGACAAGUUGAUUUGGUUGCUUUCUACCACUUAGGAUCACGUUUGGUGAAUGUAUUUGCUCCACCACCUCAAGCUGAUCGUGUGCCAAGGAGACAUGCAAAGCUGCUCUUUCUCUGGAUAUUGAUGUGGUAUCUUAACGCAUUGUGACACUUCAGGCUCCUCAGCAGCACAGGAUAUGGAGGCUCUCGAAGUUGACGACAUUAGCCCUGCCUUGGAGGUGACUGAAGAGUUUUUCAAUAGUUUUGAUACUAAGCUUGAGAAGAUUGUGCAGCCCUCUGAGGUGUAUGGUGUACAGGAGGUCCCUGAACUGGUUGGGCAUGAGGUAUUUGAUCAGAUAACAGAGAGCAGGAAUUUGAGGAACGUCGCCUCCUUAGCCAAAAGCAGCCUCCUCUGGGAUCAUUGCAAAAAUGGCCUAUUGGAAACCAAAGCUCAGACGGCAUUCCCUGCCAAAGACCAGCGUGUGAUGCAGAGGGGAACAGCUGCUAACAACCUUGGUUGGGCAGGGGAAGGGGAGACAGCAGCUUUUAACAUCUUCAAUAUCUGCCAGCGGAGAAGAGACAGGCCUCGCUCAGUGAACGACAUCCUAGUGCAGAAUGAGGAAGCCUCCACAUUCAAGCCAGGACACCACAGAUCACGCUCUGAUAUCAGCCAUGUGAACUGGGGAGUGGUCUUCACAGGCACCUACCUGCAGCAGCCACCUGCACCUGGUCAGGACAAUAACUGUGCUCUGCUCUCUUACCUGACAUUAACCAAGGGAAAGGACAUCCAAGGAAACACAGAACACAAGCCAAUGUUCCCAAAUAUUCUGAAGAAGGGAUACUUAGAAAUUAGAAGAGACAACGACAACUUCUGGCAAACCUGUUACGCUGAGCUCUCCCCAUACAAACUGUACCUGUAUUACUUGGACAGCAGUGGCAACCAGGCUCUUCCCACUGUGUACCCACUCAUGCAUUUUCAAAGGGUCACUGUUACUGGUUGCAUUGAAACAAAGGUGGUGGAUGCUGUCAUGUCAGACAACUCACAGCUACAGAUGAAGGCAGAGUCCUCUUGGGAAGCUUUGGACUGGGGCCAGAAACUCUGGGAAGUGGUGCGUGCCUCUGUGCCUGCUCUUACAAGGCAGCAGGAGAAACUGGAGAACGUGCCAAAGCCUGAAAACAACAGUGAUCUUUCUCAAACCAAUGGAUUGUUAGAGAAGCCUAUGGAGCUCUUCUUAUCAAUGAAUUUGACUGAAAACACUAAAGACUACCAAAAUAUUCUCAAAUCAGGGACUCUUUAUAGGUUAACUGUCCAGAAUAACUGGAAGGCAUUUACUUUUGUCUUAAACAGGUCUUAUCUCAUGGCAUUCCAGCCGGGUAGGCUUGAUGAAGAUCCUCUACUGAGCUACAAUGUCGAUGUGUGCCUGUCAGUCCAGACAGAUACUCAGGAUGGCUAUGACUCUUGCUUUCAGGUCAUUUUUCCUCAAGAUGUCCUCCGCCUGCGUGCCGAGACUUGUCAGAGGGCCAAGGAGUGGAUGGAGGCACUGAGAGCAGCAGCCAAUGCUACUAGAAUUUCAACUCUGAACCCACAGGUUACGCUUAGGAACAAGCCUGGAGAUCGACCCUCUGGAAAUGAUCUUAGAAAGAGCAAGCGCCAAUCUGUGACCACCAGCUUCCUGAGCAUCCUGACCACGCUGUCUCUAGAGAGAGGGCUCACGGUUCAGAGCUUCAAAUGUGCAGGCUGUCAGCGCUCCAUAGGCUUGUCCAAUGGGAAAGCCAAGGUGUGUAGCUACAGUGGAUGGUAUUAUUGCAGCACCUGCCAUGUGGAUGACAGCUUCCUCAUCCCUGCACGACUGGUUCAUAACUGGGACACUUCCAAAUACAAGGUAUCAAAGCAAGCCAAAGAGUUCCUGGAAUAUGUUUAUGAGGAGCCAUUGAUUGAUAUCCAGCAGGAAAAUCCCAUGUUAUACAAGCAUGUUGAACCUCUGGCAACUGUUGUCCGCCUGAGACAGCAGCUAAAGUCUCUCAGAGCUUAUUUGUUCAGCUGCAGAGCAGCAGUGGCUGAAGAUCUGCGCAGAAGGAUCUUUCCCAGAGAGUAUCUUCUCCAACAAAUCCAUCUUUAUUCUCUUGCAGACCUUCAGCAGGUUAUUGAAGGAAAGCUGGCUCCUUUCUUAGGGAAGGUGAUCAAGUUUGCCACCUCUCAUGUGUACAGCUGCAGCCUUUGUAGUCAAAAGGGUUUCAUCUGUGAGAUUUGCAACAAUGGAGAAAUCCUUUACCCCUUUGAGGAUAUUUCUACAAGCAGGUGUGAAAGCUGUGGUGCUGUCUUCCACUCCGAGUGCAAAGUAAAGGCUGUGCCAUGCCCCAGGUGUGUGCGUAAAGAAUUGCAGAAGAAGCAGAAGUCCUUCUGGAGGCGACUGAAUAUGGAUGAAAACUUUGAAGAGUCUUGCAACAUGUUUGAGUUGUCGUAUCAGAACACAUGAGAUCCUUAAGGCAGAGGCCAACCUGAAGAGAAUCCCUUUCCCAGCUGCCAGCUCAAGCAACUUGUCAGCUUAGCCAGGCAGAAAUCUUUUUUGCAAAAUAAUAUCCGAUGUUCUUCAUCUGUGAAUAGCAGCUGCCAAAGUGGCCAUAAAGCCUUGUUGGCUUUGAAAUACCAAUGGCUAAACUGCAUUUUGCUUUCAAGUCUGGCUGCUAACUCUCAUACAAAAUGUGGUUUACUUGAAAAGCUUUAGGUUUACCUAAUUAUCACCUAACUUUUUCUUUUCCACCUCUGGAGAAGACUUUUUCUCAAGGCAGGAACUAUUUGCUGCCACAACUGCAUUAUUUUUUUAUGUUGUUAAUUUAGAAUUGAUGAAUCAUCUACUUAUUUAUGUGUAUUAUUUAUUUAUUAUUAGCCUUGUCAGAGGUUCUGCCAAGGUGUUUCACAGAACCCAAUAGGACAGGGAUGAUUUUAAAUCCUUAUGUGGACAGAUGGCUCCAUUUCCUCAUGUUUCAAGUGAGCUGUUUUUAACGGAUCAGUGCAUUUAUACAUCACACCUUCUUGAGUAAGUAGAAGUAUUUCCCAUCAAACCUUAUUUGGGGUGCUUGCAAACCUGGGACACAGAAUAUUUCCUUCAACCCCAGCGAACUACUCCAUAUGCAGAUAAAAGGGACUGGUUAUGUUCAGGCUGGGUAUAUUGCUUAAGCUCUGUCACAGAGGUGGAUUGAGUUUUAUACUGAUGAUUCUCAAUCUUUGUGAGGUCUUGUCCUCCUCUCCAGUAGUACGAAGUUGCUUCUGACCUCCUGCUAGUCUCAUGUUUUACUACGUUUUAAGUGUCCACAUUGGUUUUGGGUUUACUUCCUGAAUUUUACUUUAAAUGUUUAUCCAAACUGAAUCUCUUAGACUGAUAGUCAGGGAGGUGGUCUUGCCCAUGUUAGUUAGAAAAUACCUCCAAAAUGAUGAAAUGCUAGUUUGCUGUGUUCAUGUACAACUUGUGUCCUGGGUUCUCUCUGAGCUCUGAGGGAUUUUAUACUUCUGUCGUAACUUCCGUGGUAGGGUGAAGUUCCUUGAGGUAUUAUUCUACACCACACACCUGGAACACAGGAAAGUAUUAACCACAAUGAAUUACAUAUAUUGUAGAAGGGAAGUACAUGGUGGAUUUGACUGGGGAGAUGUCAUCACUGGCAUUAUGUUUGAUUUGUUGCAGCUUAACCUCCAGUGAGCACUUAAGAGAUUGUCCUCCCUCCAGUACAUAUUCUCUUUCUCCAGACCCUGCAGUAAUGUGUGUAUUACAUUUGUAUGGAUGAAUUCACAUAUACCCACAUACACACAUGUCUAGAUAUGGAAAGCAAGUAUGGUUUCAGGAGAAAAAAGCCAGUCACAUGCAUGUGUAUUCCUCCUCUCCUCACACAGGCUUGUGGAAAAGCAGACUACUUAUCUUUGCUUCCUAUAUAAUCUGCAGGCUGUUUUAUUCAAGGCAGAAAGCAGUCUUGAUCAUGGAAACACUUCACUAAUUGCUGAAGUAUUUAAAAUAACAAAACAGGGUGCAUCGUGCUUAUGUUAAAAGGUAGAAUGCUACAAGAAGUUACCUUGUACUGGAGUAUAAGGGGUUACCUUUUCCAGCCUCCAGUCAAAGAAAGUAGCUGAAUCUGAGCUUUUUCAAAUUUGCCUGCAACUUAUAUAUAUGUGUGUGUGUAUAUAUAUAAAAGCAUGUUUAUAGCUGUAUACAUUAGACAACCAGUGCCUUUCUUUUCCAGAAGUCCUUCUCCCAGUGGGAUUCUUUGGAAAGAAGUGAGGGUUUUUCCAUGUUCUUGGUAAAGUAGUAUAGGGAUUCCCAUGUUUAAUAAACCCAGUGAAUCAUGCACCUUUGUCACCAAACUUAAUGCUUUCCCUUCACAAUGAUUCCUCUGUCUCAGCUCACCGUUUCUCUUGUGAAAUGAGUUGCUUUCAGCUAUCAUCCUUAAACACAUAAUGUUCCUUGCAAGUCCAUUCCCACGUGAAGAAUUCCCUGCAUGUUCACAAAUGCAAACACCGGGGAAGCAUUGUGGAAUUAGUCAUGCAAACAGGAACUGCAGCGGUACUGGCUGAAUAAACAGUACGCUCCCAUGUUUUUCAGCAUGUGUCACUACAACUAGUCUUGUGGCAAAGCCAGUAGCUCUGAAACUGUCAGAAUGUGUCAAGUACUAUUUUAAUUAGCUCUAGACAUAAAGGUGAGUCAUUAAUGAAAAAAAGGUGGUGUGUUUCAUAUCUUUGUGCUCUAGUAUUUAAGAUACCUCGCAGCACUGGUCCAUGUCCAGCUUGGUUUAGGGAAGGCUGCUUGUGUGCACUGUCAAAAACCCUAUGGAGUUAGAGAAUCAAGGUUCAGGCAUUACAAGCAAUUAGUUACUUUGACAGACGUCCUGAUCUCCAAAGUACCAGUUGUUUGGGUGGUUAGAUUCUCUAGCUGAAUUCUGGAAUGACAAUAUGGAUAGCAUCAGCGUUUCCCUGGGUUUGUACAGGUAUAACAGAACAGUUUCUUUGCUAAUGGAGAUUUACAGAAAAAAAAAGAGUGUGAUGCCAGCCAAACUGCUGAAAUUAGUCAUGGGCCUAUAGGCACUGCUAUUACUAAAGGCAAAGAGCAGAAGUGUGUUGUCAUGAUAUGCUCACAGAGCUCAAAGCUUUAUGUAAGAGUAUGUCUUACAAUACAGAUCAGAUUAAUUUCUUUAAAAUCUGGUGGUGUUGUAAACAAGUCUGUUUCUAAAAUGGGUAUGUGUUCAUUUCUGUUGGAAAAGUAAUAUAACCUCUCACAAUAGUUAUAGAAACACAGAUAAUGUGGAAGAUGCUUUCCUCUCCACAAGAGAGGUCCUAUCCAAAAAAAGUAAUUCCAUGUGAACAGGUAAGGUAAAAUCUUCCAUCACUGCAUUUCUUAAGCAUAAUGCACCUCAGAAGGUGCAGGUGAGGUGGGAACAAACCCUGGUCAUUUUUCAGGACUGCACAGCAAAGAAUAAACAAACUACUGCUCAUGUUGCUAACUCACAAAAUACCUAAUUCUGGAAAGACAGUUCUCCUGCAAGAGUCACCUACUGGUAACAGAGGCUCAGCCCAGGGCUUUGUAGGUGGUUUGGCUCUCAGGCAAUGCUGUGCCCUUGUGUGCUUGUCUCUGCUGUAGUAACAGUUCUGCAUGCUGGUCCACACUGCUCCUCUUUCCCAUUCUGCAGACCAUGGCUUGCACAUGGCUCUGUUCUGCAGACUUCUGAGUGGGCAUCAGGUGGAAAAGUACAUGGGAUCUCUCCAGUUUGCACAACUCUCUCUCCUGGCACACACAGGUGAAAUUGUGUAUUAAUAUUUCUAGUCUCAUCCUACCCAUGCAUGAAAUAAAUUUGGAAAAUAGCAUUUAAUUAUAAAAUAAGAACAAAAUGUGCUGUUUGUCUUUUUCAGACAGAAGGUCCAUUCAUAGCUGAUGGAGGAGGAAUUGAUCUGUGCAUCUAGUUGCUACUUUUGUUUUUACAGAACUUAUAAUCAGUGUAGAAAUAGGGUGUUUCACUGCAGUGGACUAUAGUUUGACCCUCUACAACUAUUUAGAAACUUCUCAUCUCAGUUUAGUUAUUCUGAGAUAAUUGUACUCUAGGACACUGUUGAGAUCCUUUCUCAAGUCUCUUUUCAUCUUUAUCCUGACCCUCUAGCUGUUCUUGAAUGAGAAGCAGGGCCUGCUUAGGGGAUGCAAAGCACAACUGUUUUAAAUAUCAAUGACAGUAGAUAACAAAUAUCAAUAAAAAGAAACAUUUGGAUCUGCUGCUUUUUUUGGUCUGUUUUAGGUGAUGAAGAAUGAUGGUGUUAUGAUGUGACAGUAUACUGGCUGGUGCAUACCAAUGUGAGCUCAUUAAUGGGAUGAUAGGAAUAGUGAGUGUUUCCUAGAUAAGUGAGAGAAGGUACUUUUUUGGACUGAAGGUUGAGUUUUUCACAGUACUCCACAGGUUCUGAUGUCCCUGUUAGGAUUGAAUCAUGAGGGUACCUCUAGAGCUUGUCAAGGCUACUCUUAACAUCAGGAUACUGUGUGUAUUAUAAUGGAUUUAUGAUAACCUCCUGAAAGGCUUUUAAAAAAAAAAAAAAAAAAGUCAGAGGAUGUCUGCUUACAAUGCAGUGGGAAAGCUGCAGUUGUAUUUUGGUUUGUCACUGUAGCGGAAGCCACCAAGUUUCCUGGGCUUCCCAAGGUCACAGCCUGGAUUGCAACCAACUGUUGAUCUAUAUAAAAGUAAUGUAAUCAAGGAAUCAUCAUAAUCUUUCCUCUUUUUUCUGUUGCUCAGCUGCAAGCCAGUCCCCCCUCUCUCUCACUGUCUCUGUCCCUCUCUGCUCACAGUGCUGUGCUUUCAGCUAGAUGUUGAGCACUGUAGUUCAUUGUGUUGCUUUCAAACCAGUUGAGUCUGAUCAUGCUCUCCUUGGUAAUUUGCCUUCCAAAUUUCUCUCCCUAGUAGGAGUGCCUUACAAUACUGUAUAUUAGUGUCUAUCUGUUUUGGAUUUCCUGAUUCAAUUUGCUGUUUGAUUAACUUGUAGGCUUAAACUGAAACCUUCCCAUGGCUGCACAUGCUCUUUGACAGGAGUAGCUCAGUAAGUCAGUUCAUUUAUUCUCAUGAAGUACGGUCUACAGGCUGCAUAUACCAGCUCUGAAGACCCCAAGCUGCAUGGAAACCCCUCACUUUUCUUCAAUUUGGUGCCUUAAAUUUUCAGAAGUGGAGAAUUUUGUCCAGAGCACCCUGCUGUGAUGCAGUGUGUUUGACAUUAGAGCUCAAAACCCUUUCUCAUGGCAGUUUCCAUCUUGCUAGGAGUAAUGAUGAUAGAUUUUUUUUUUUUUUUACUCUCUAUGCUUUGAGAGGGAAAUACAAGAAAGGAUAGCAUUGAGAUGGUGUUGGCUUUUAUUACCUGUAUUUUAGAGACUAGCUGGUCUUCUUUUCAGCCAGAAAUGCGGUUGUGCUUAUGCAAGACUUUUAGGAGCUAUGCAUGUAUAAUAACUGUAAGCACUGAGCAUUAAAACAGGAUCAGGUCACGUGUAGUUUUGCUCCUCUUGGAGCCACUGGCCAGCCAACAGCAUGUGGUCAACAGCUUCAGCACAGUGCUCCUUACCUGCCUGCCCAGCUGGGUCCAGUGCUCUGGGAUUGAAGGCAUUUCCCCAAAGCUUUAUUUUAAUACAUCCUGGUUCCCUGAAGGCUAACCCAGUGAGGGUUUGAGCAGCAUUACCUUAGAGAGAGGCUUAACCUGCUUAGAUUUUAGCAUUAUUUGCUAAAUUAUGCGGCUAACUCUUCCAGCAUGUCUCAGCCCUGGGCACAUGUCUAUAAUGACUGUGAUCUUUUAAGUCCGUAUUUGAAACCAGUAGCAGGAAUCCUGGUUGAGAAGUGGCAGUGCUGUCCCUGCAUGUUAGCAAUGUGAUAAGAAGACCACCUGGAUGAUAAUGUGCAAAGUUCUUUACUUGAAAACUCUAAUGUGCACACACUGGCUUUAGUCAUAUCUUAAAAUGCCAAUUUCAUCCAAAUUGCCUAGGAUGGCCAUUUAUCCAAAUCACAAAGAUGCCACUUGUGGCAGCUUCAGAGAAAUCCAGGCCUGGAAAGCUCUCAGCUCUCUGGGACCAAAGCUUGUUAGGCCUCAUCUUCAUGCAAAACUGUCAAGUAUUUAUUCAUGUAUAAUCCACAUAUUAAACCAGUAUAAAUCCUUGAAUACGCAGCAUUGAUUUGGUGGGGGAAAAAUGGUUUUGUUUCAGUUUUGCUCAUGCACAACAAAGUCAAUUUUGCUUAAACUGUGUGUGCAUUCAGACUGACUUUUUAAUGGCAUUGAUACCUGUGAUAUCAGGUUAGUUGCUACCAGUUUUCUCUGUACUUGAGCUAAGCAGAAGUAAGAAUUCACAAGCAAAAUGUGUGUUUGAAGGGUUUUAAGUGAUAAAGGCAGCUUCCAAAUCAACAUUAGUCCAGUUGAGGCAGUUAGAAGCUGAGGGAAGCCAGGUGCGAGCAGCAGAGUGUGGUGGCUGAUGCCAUCCCUGGCCGCCUGGACUUUCCUUCCUGCUGGAGCACUAGCUCUCCUGCAGUGCUUGCAAUGGGCUUCAGCAUUGCUGGCAGAGCACCCUGAUUUUUUGGAAUACCAUUACGUGUUUGUGCUACUCUGUUAACUUAUUUGCAACAUUAUUUUGUGUGUUUUCAUUGUCCUUGUGUUUGCAUUGUUGUUUUGGGUUUUGUUUGGGUUU